AGCCUUGGUUAUGUUUCCAAGGCGAAGGAUGCCGCAGAUGUGCGAUAUAUGGCAUCCGCUAGAUUAUAAACGUAUUUUAGCACACACGUGAGCAUGUAAAUAUUUGUAUGAAAUAAAUUACUUGGCGCUUGCGUUCAAAAUUCGUUAAAAUCUUACGUUUCCAAUAUGGCGGAUGCUGCAGAUGCACGAUAUAUGUAUCCGCUAGGUUAUAAACGUCUUUUAGCGCACGUGUAAACAUGUAAAAAUUUUGAAGGACUAAGUAAUUUGACGCUUGUGCUCAACCUUCUUUUAACUUAACCCUAUUUAAUAUCAAAUUUCCAAAUGGAUUUAUUAUUUUCUAUUUAGAAUGAUAUGAAUUAUAUUAAAUGACGUAUUAUACCUACCCAACCCUGGUGACGAAUGUUCUAGUUUGCUAAAUACACUGAAAUAUAUAGUAAACUGGACGCUCACUAGCGGGUUCGGCUCGAGCUGUUUGAAAUUAUCCCCACUACUAGGUGUACAGUCCUAUUAAACAUUUUUGUCUUCAUAGAGAGCAUCCUUAGAUAAUUAAUCACGGAGUACAAUAAUUAAAGGUAAAUAAUGCGAAACGUGCUGCAUGCUUUUACUAUAGAGAAAUAUGACAUUCUGUCAAACUAUUGCCCUACCGAUAAGGUUUACACUAUCAUUUCCCAGCAUUCGAUUCAACUUUCCUUUCGGACUGUACAAAUGAUGCGCACGCAUCUCUUAAACAAGGGUAGAUAUAUUUUCUUUGAGGGUGAAACAAUGAUGGAGAGUCGCCCAUCGCGUAUCUUUAUUGCACCAAUGUUCACUGAACUGUGUGACAAGGAUGCAGAGACAGCUAAAUCUAUCUCUCUCUGGGACAAAACAUGCCAUGUAUUCUAAAGCGUGGUGAGCGUUCCAGUUUACUGUAUAUUUCAGUGGCUAAAUAUCUCAGUGAUUCAGUUUACAACAUAUCUCAGUGGUGGAAACUUAAUAUAUGUUUUUUUCCGAGUUGACUUCGCCAUCUUUCGGAAUUUCUCAAAAGUUCAAUAUUGUUGCGAAAACGGCAGAUCCAAACCUAUCCAAAUCCAUUGCGCCCCUAGUUGUGUGUAAUUUUUAGAUAUCUUCAACGAGUUGAAUUAGGAACCACGCGUAUUCGUCAAUUGAUUAGCGACUCGGUGGCGAAUUAACUCACGUAUUUUUAAAACGUGUUGUAAGCUAUAAAUUAAAUGGUAUAAUCUUUAACAGGUGCAAUUUGCAUUGCUGUUAAGACGUGUAGAUAUAACUAGUUGGGAUAAUGACCUGCGUUCAAUUAGAAAUGCACUGUUGAAAGAAGAGCAAAAGCAACAGUCAGGUGUGUGUGAUCUUAGUUCCGUUUCGUCCACUUGCCGUUCUGACGUUUCCCUCGACCAGAGAACCGGCAAAAUGGACGAUAUAGCAUCUAGACUACCCGAUCAUGUUUUGGAAGUGAUAUUCUCUUACUUAGACCUUCACACGCUGAGAAAUUGUUCUUUAGUUUGUAAAAACUGGUAUAGAUUUUUAAAUGACGAGAAUAACGAUGUGUGGCGGAUGCAUUGUAUCAGGAAACUUGCCCAGGAAGCACUUAGUUCCGACUUGCUAUCGUCGUUGCCCACAUAUAAAGCUAAGCUGCGGGCGUUUUAUCAUGCUUGGAACCCUAACGAUUGUUCCCGUAACAUCUACAUUAAGCCCAAUGGCUUUACACUGCACAGACAUCCAGUAGCACAAAGUACAGAUGCAUCCAGAGGCAAAAUAGGUUUUCGACAUGGUAGGCAUGCCUGGGAAGUUAUUUGGGAAGGCCCAUUAGGUACAGUUGCUGUCAUAGGCAUUGCCACUAAAGAAGCUGCUUUAUUGUACCAUGGAUAUAUGGCUCUGUUAGGGGCUGAUGAGCACUCAUGGGGCUGGAAUCUAGUUGAAAAUCUUUUGCUGCAUAAUGGAGAUGUGCAAGGAAACUAUCCCCUACUUAAUAAUGCACCUAAGUAUCAAAUUGGUGAGAGAAUCAGAGUAAUAUUGGAUUGUGACGAUAACACUUUAUCCUUUGAGAAAAAUUAUGAAUUUUUGGGUGUUGCAUUCAGAGGCCUGCCGAACAAAAGGUUAUACCCUUCUGUGAGUGCCGUGUAUGGGAAUACCGAAGUUUCUAUGGUAUACCUAGGACCACCUUUGGAUGGCUAACAGUUUGCUAUCUGUUGUCUAUAACUGCAAAGAAACAUUCCUCGAUGGUUCGGCGUACUGUCGGUGCCAGAAUAAUUGUAUUAAAAUCUACGUUUAAGUAGAACUUUGCAGUCAUGAAAUUCGACUCUCUUUUCUCAGGAAGAAAAUCGUGGUCAUAAAUACUUCACCAAUUUUUUAAGUAAUUGGUGAAACUGUAAAUAGUCUGUACCUUGAUUAGAUUCUAAUGUCUUUGUUUUAUCAGAUGGCAUUAAUUCAAAUAUAUAUAUAUAUAUGUUGCUUAGUAGCAAAUAUUUGCUGAAAAACGAAGGCACACAUUCUUAGUCAAUUUAUUGUAAGUAAAAUUAAUUAUUGGUUUCAUUAUCAGAAAUGUCUUCGAAUUAAUUGUAUCGUUGUAUUUCAAUGAUUUAUACAUAAUGAAACAAACAUAAUACAAACGAAUUAUUUUCCACUAUUAUACAGAAAAGACUGUAAACUGACUUAUUUUGCAAAUCUAAAAAACAGUUUUCUUAGUAGAUACUUGUCGUUGGUACAAAUUAGAUGCUAUUUUAUUUUUAUGAUUAACUGGAUACAGUGUAAGCACUUAUAAUUUUUAUAGCAAUUAUUAAAUCUCUAUUAAGUACUACAUUUAAAAUAUAUUGCUUCAAAAAAAGAAAAGAUUUGCUAAGAUUCAUUAACCAUAUUAUGUGUCAUAAAGUCUAUGAAACCUUCGCUUAGUUUUUGUGGUUGGAAAAUUAUUCUAUUCUCAAAAAUUAUGCUUGUUAAUAUAAAAAUUCAUGAAGGUAUCAUGAUAUUCAUUAAAGAACAUUUCAGCGUAGGAAUAUUGAUAUUUUUGUAAUAUUAAUGCAGGUCUUAGCAUUUUUAUACAAUUGCAUGAAAUUCAAAAUGAUAUACUAUCGAUAUUGUUUUGUACGAACUAUAAGUUUGCUUCAAGGUAUAUUUAUAAUCAUACGAGAAUACGUUCUAGUAACUAUGAUAUUGCAUACUCCUUUAAAUUUUAUACUUUUAUUGGAAUAUUGAAGAGAUUAGAAUGAUGAAUUUGACACUACAACAUUUUCAAUUCUGCACUUGAUUUAUAAAUUUCGCGCAAUAUUUCUUUAUUUCUUCCGAAUUAAGUAGAUUAAGGAAAAACAAGGCUCCUAAUAAAGAUAUUGUUUAUUACAUGUGAAUGAAAUUUGCAGAAGUGUGCUAACGAUACAGAGCUCAAUAAUAAGAAAUUUAUAUUUCAAUAACUGCGAUAAUUACAAGUCAGACAUUUUACUGUAUAUAUUUAUUACUACUAUCACAUCUACCAUAGAAUUCGUUGAUUUCUUCUAAACUUUUGUACAGAAUUCUGUAUGUACAUACAGAAUCAUUAUUCGAACACUAAGAAAUAAAUGUUAUUUCUUAUAAACAUUUUGUCGCCGAUUUUGUUUGGCUUGCAAAAGGUGUUACUUUUUCCUCAUAGACUUAACUGAUUAAAUUUCUCGCCCGCCUUACGCCUGCAUAUCGGUGCUUUGAACUUCGGUAUUCCAGCGAGACAAGUUACGAUAGUUAAGUAUCCUACGUACAGCGUUUUCGCCUUCUACGCAUUAAUGGUUGAUAAAGUGUGAAGACAAUGAACUCUUUAUUGUAGUAAUACUAAUGAUGAUGAUGAUGAUGUUUCACGUUUUUGCAACUUGGGACGCAUACUUUGCUAUUGUUAGAAGUCAUUUGUCGAAAUUGUAAAGGUGCCUUAAGCGAGUGACAGUUCUAUCAAAAAGAAACGUUAGAGUAAAAGUAAAAUAUUUUUUAGAGCAUAGGAGGACUUGUACAGAGUAAAAUAUAAUCCCCCUAUAGUCACGCGUGAAUUGACUGUUUUAUAGGCGUAAUAUACCAUUAUAGAACUACAUAGUCUCUAGAAUAAUAACUAAAUUGGAAUUUUUAACUUGCUAAUCAUGUUUUUAACCGUUUUUCCGCAUUAAAUUAAUAUUAUUCUAAUCCAAGAAAUAAUUAUGAUACAAUCAUCCUCUAGUAAUAAUAGCGUUCUUACCUAGUCAAUGAUUCCAUUAGUUUACAUAUUAACAACUAUGCAUUUAUUGUAUCAUAUUAAAUAAUAUCGGUAAGCAAAGCCGCUUGAACUUACAUCUUGCUUUGGAUAUUAUGCUGCCUGAUGUUUCAUUCCUUUUUAUUUUAAGUACAACAUAGUUCUGUACAAAAGUAUAGGUAAAAUUAUCAAGCGAAGGUCUGUAACCUUUGUAUUAUCUUCUUGAUAAGUGUAUUGUUGUUUGUAAAUAAAUCAUUUUAUUUAAUA